GCACAGACGAUAGUUUCAUCGCUGUUAAAGUUUGGAGCUAGUGUCAUCACAGGCUUUGUUUAUGUGAUAUUAUUAUCAUCACUUAGGAACAGUUAUCAUUUUUGUUAUUUUGUAGCAUCCAUUUCGGUUGUAAUAAAUUUUAAUUUCUCGACAUGGCAGAACGGGGAAGAUGCGAAGCUACCUCAGAGCAAAACAAUCGUUUGGUUAUAUUCGACUGCGAUAUUGGCACGGACGAUGCCUGGGCCCUGGCCAUGAUGCUCCGGGCGGAAGAUCUGCUGCUGCCUGACGGAAGACGCGUUAAAUUGGUGGCCAUUACCUGCGUGCAGGGUAACACGGAUGUCCACAAUGGAACACUAAAUGCCCUGAGGAUAACUACCACGCUGAACAGAAGAGAUGUUCCAAUUUACAAGGGCUGCGCCAAUCCCAUAGUGCCUCGGACAUGGAGCUACACCUAUCGGUUUCAUGGCAUCGAUGGUCUGAACGAUAUCGACGACUACCCCAACAUAGAUGGAUUCAAAGAGAAGCCGGAACACGCCGUAAAUGCCAUGUACCGCUUGGUCUGUGAAUUUCCCGGCCGAGUGGACUUCCUUCUUUUGGGCCCCCUGACAAACUUUGCCAAUUGCAUUAAUCUUUAUGGAGACGACUUUCUGGACAAAAUUGGCGAUGUCUUUAUAAUGGGUGGCAAUUUCCAAGGCAAAGGCAAUGUGUCCAAGAGCGCAGAGUUUAAUUUCAUGAUGGAUCCGGAGGCGGCGCACAUUACCCUGGAAAACUUGAAAAAGCCGGCACUUAUCCUUCCCUGGGAGCCCUGCAUCGAUGGCGAGUUCGGAGUGAGUCUCGACUGGCGGUUAAAUGUCCUUGGAGCUGUUAAUCAUCCUUUCGUGGAGCUACUCACUAAAGUCGAGAGAUCAAUGCUGGUUCCCCGCGGCUUUGAAAAGUGGCUUAGCUGCGACUCCCUUCUAUCGGCCGCAUAUCUAUUUCCGGAGGCCAUGAUUGCUGAUCAGAAAGAAUUCUAUGCUACUGUAGAACUUUCCGGUGUCCACACCCGCGGUCAGAUGGUGCUCGAUCACCUGCGUGGCCGCAAAGUAGACUCUAUCCAUGGCAAGAAAUUCAACAUGAAGGUCAUAAGACGUCUCCAUUCGGAGGCAUAUCGUACCAUUGUCAGCUGGGCAGGAUUCCUGCCAGAAGCUAACAUCGCUGAGCUAUGCCAGCCAAAAGCAAAACCUACCUAGAAAACUUAGAGCUGUAAAUGUUUCUUAAGCAUAUCCAGAGGCUUUUUAGAUUAAAAAUCUGAUCGAGUUAUUUGUCGUGUAACGACAAUUAUCGACACUGCCUAUCAAUCAUCAA